UUGGUUUUAAGAAUCGGCAGACACUUUUCAGCGGUUUCUGAUGGUGCAAAGUCCCUUGAUUGUCUUACGGCCCGGGGUCUCGGCACAGAAAGAACUAGUACUUGCAGCUAUGACUUUCGUUGUCUUACCAAUGAGCAGAGUCCAGAAAGAAGACUUACUCGUGACACUCUUCGAGUCGUACAAAACGAGGCCCCGAAGCAAGAUUCCUUCGUUGAUGGCGAUUACCCCCACAAACCUUUGUCGUCUUCCAUGUCUGUUGAGUCCUCAUCUACAGCCAGUUCGUCCAGCUGCCUUUCAUACCCUUCAGAACCACCAUCGAUUUUAUCUACUUUAGAGGUUACGACUCCUAUUUGCCAGUGGGAUGGCUGCGACUGCAGUACGGUCAGCCAAGCUAGUUUAUUGGAUCACCUCCACAAAGUCCACGUAUCCUCUCAGACUUCUUCCGGUCGCAAAAGACAUUUUCAAUGUCUCUGGCGUGGCUGCAGAGUCUAUAAGCAACCCAGCGUUUCUCCUAUCUGGCUAGAGCGCCACGUACUUCAUCACACGGAAGCAAAAGGAAAACCGUUUAAAUGCAUAUUUAACCCUUGUGCUCUUCGGUUCUCUACUACUGAACUCCUGGAACGACACGUAAGGCGAGCUCAUAUUAUCACCAGCGAAAAAUGCAACGUCUCUAAAAUUCCAGGCUCGACCGACAGCUUACAGCAGCAUAGUUUACCCAAAAUGAGUAAUUCAGAAUGUGUUAACAAAUCCCAAAAUAUGACAAACAGAAGGAAUUGCAAAAGAAAACGCAAGCAGCGGUAUUAUAGAGUUCGUCGUGUUGACUUUUAUGAUCACCGAACUCAAUCCUUGCUGCAUAGGCGUCUGGCAAUCAAUCGUCUUUUGGCGGAGUCUACCUGUGAUUUGAAGCCAGCUACUAAUGGCCAUAUAUGUACAAAUCAUAGCAAUCAUUUGUCUGCAUGUCUUGACUUACCACCAGCUCUCUCACUUUUCAAUCUGAACGACCUCAAGUCUAUUCCGAAAGCCUUAGACGCAUCUGAAGCAAAGUGCGUCGGAGGUUUUGCAUAUCAAGAGCGACUUCAUCGGAUACAGCAAUUGCUUAUGGUCCCGCACAAGUUUCGAGCUGAAAGGAUAUUUGAUCCUCAUCUCUAUUAG